UUCUGACCAUCUCAUAAUCACGGAAACCCUAUCAAACUAUGCAGUCGCAGUCUGCAACCAAGAUGGGAGCUGCGAGAUGGUGCCUUGGUCUUGGUGCCGAACUCUGGACGCCCAAGGUGAAGGUACACUCCUCGGCUCCGCCGCGGCAGCUAGAAGACACGUCGUCGUCCUCCGGUGCUACUCCAGCUGAGCCAGCAGGCGAAGGUGACAGCGGAGAAGUGGGAGCAGGGCACACGAGCGAGCAGCGUGAGGUGUUCACCAUCUGGAUGAAGUCGCUGGUGCUCAACGGCAGCGGCUGCACUGUGUUCGACUCCGACGGCCGCAUCGUCUACCGGGUCGACAACUACGGCUCCCGCCAAUCCGUCGACGUCUGCCUCAUGGACAUCACGGGGAGCGUGGUCCUCCAGGUGCUCAAGAGAUUCGGGAGGUGGGAUGGGUACAGGCUCGGCAACUGGAAAUCAAAAGAGCCCGACGCGCCGCGGGGGCGGCCGUGGUUCACGGUGGUGAGCAAGAAGUGGGGCGGCGGGCCGAGCUGCGAGUUCAGGAGCGAUCGCGGCCGCGCCGUGCGGUACAAGAUGGACGGAGGAAGGCGGCGGCAGCAGGCGGCGCGGGCCUCGUGGAUCGUGGACGACGCCACUGGGGUGGUCGUGGCGGAGGUGAAGAGGAAGCUCACGGCGACGGGGUUAUCCCUCGGCGAGGACGUCCUCACGCUGGUUGUGGAGCCCAACGUCGACCACUCGCUCAUCAUGGGGCUCCUUGUUGUGCACGGCCUCAUCAACCACUCCAUGUAAUGAACCCGACAUUUGAUGUUUUUUUUUUUGGCAACUGCAAAUUGAUGUUGAGCUGCAAGACACCAUCUCGCACCUCUCGUGUGGUUGCACACCCAAUUGGUUAACAGUGCCUAGGCGUAUCUCAAGGUCAUCAAUUUAACCAUUAUAAUAUAAAAUUUACACUAUAAUAAUUAUAUCAUUAAAAAAUAUAACAUCUAAACUUUCUAAUGAUAUAUAUUUUGUAGUAUAUAUCAUGUAUUAUGCAGUGGACCCAGCCAAAAAUUUCAGUGGGAGCGAC